AUGAACAUUCUCAAGUAUGUGAAUUUUAUCGAUGCUUCUGCUCUAGAGGUUAGAUCAAGUCUUGCUUUGCACCCCGAACGUGUGUUGGUGGCAACAGGUCAAGUUGGAAAGGAACCAUAUAUCUGCGUGUGGGAUUCAUACACUGUGCAAACUGUAUCUGUUCUGAAAGACGUUCAUACACAUGGUAUAGCUUGCUUGGCCUUUGAUCUAGAUGGUCAGCGUUUGGUCUCGGUUGGUUUGGAUUCGAAAAACACAGUUUGUGUAUGGGACUGGAGAAAAGGAAAAUUGUUAUCAAUGGCUCCUGGUCAUACAGACAGAAUAUUUGAUAUUUCUUGGGAUUUAUACCAGCCAAACAAGCUCGUCAGCUGUGGUGUAAAACACAUCAAGUUCUGGAGCUUGUGUGGCAAUUCGUUGACACCAAAACGUGGUGUCUUUGGCAAGACCGGAGAUCUCCAGACUAUCUUGUGCCUCGCCUGUGCAAGGGAUGAAGUGACGUAUUCCGGUGCACUGAAUGGAGAUAUAUAUGUAUGGAAAGGAAUCAACCUUGUUCGGACAAUACAGGGAGCACAUGCUGCAGGAAUUUUCAGCAUGAAUGCAUGUGAAGAGGGGUUUGCCACUGGUGGCAGGGAUGGCUGUGUUCGCUUGUGGGACUUAAAUUUUAAACCAAUUACUGUGAUUGAUCUCAGGGAAACAGACCAGGGAUAUAAAGGUCUCUCUGUAAGAAGUGUUUGCUGGAGAGGAGACCAUAUACUCGUUGGGACACAAGACAGUGAAAUUUUUGAAAUUGUGGUGCAUGAGCGUAAUAAGCCUUUCCUGAUAAUGCAGGGGCACUGUGAAGGAGAGCUGUGGGCUUUGGCUGUCCAUCCUACAAAACCCCUGGCCAUGACUGGAAGUGAUGAUCGAUCAGUCAGAAUCUGGAGUUUAAUAGACCACGCUCUGAUUGCCCGGUGCAACAUGGAGGAGCCCAUUCGCUGCGCCGCGGUUAGUACCGAUGGAAUCCAUCUUGCUCUUGGAAUGAAGGAUGGCUCCUUCACUGUGCUUCGAGUCAGAGAUAUGACUGAGGUUGUUCAUAUCAAAGACAGGAAAGAAGCUAUUCAUGAGCUCAAAUAUUCUCCAGAUGGGAAUUUCCUAGCUGUUGGUUCCAAUGACAGCUCUGUGGAUAUAUAUGGCGUUGUUCAACGAUACAAGAAAGUUGGGGAAUGUAUUGGAUCCUUAAGCUUCAUCACCCAUAUGGAUUGGUCUUCAGACAGUAAAUACUUACAGACCAAUGAUGGCAAUGGAAAGAGACUUUUUUACAGAAUGCCAGGUGGAAAAGAAGUAACAAACAAGGAGGAAUUGAAAGGCAUUCAAUGGGCAUCAUGGACCUGUGUUUCUGGCCUUGAAGUUAAUGGAAUCUGGCCCAAAUAUUCAGAUAUAAAUGAUAUAAAUUCUGUGGAUGCAAAUUUUAUUGGUCAAGUUAUGGUUACAGCUGAUGAUUAUGGAAUAGUAAAGCUCUUUCGAUACCCAUGUCUAAGAAAAGGAGCAAAGUUUAAAAAAUAUCUUGGUCACUCUGCUCACGUGACAAACGUCAGAUGGUCGCACGAUCACCAGUGGGUUGUUUCCAUCGGCGGAGCUGAUCAUUCUGUCUUUCAGUGGAAGUUUGUUCCCGACCGCAAGUUGAAGGACACUCUUCAUAUAGCACCCCAAGAGAGUCUGGUUGAUUCUAAUAGUGAUGAAUCAGAUUCAGAUCAAUCUGAUGUUCCAGAGCUGGACUCUGAAAUUGAACAAGAGACACAGAUCACCUAUCGUCGACAGGUUUACAAAGAAGAUCUACCUCAACUUAAAGAGCAAUGCAAAGAAAAAAGAAAAAGUGCAGCUUCUAAGAGACGUGAGCGAGCUCCAGGGAACAGUAUAAGACUACAUUUUGUUCAUGGUUACAGAGGUUACGACUGUCGAAGCAAUCUCUUUUACACGCAGACGGGUGAAAUCGUAUACCAUGUGGCAGCAGUGGGAGUGGUGUACAACCGGCAGCAGAACACACAGCGCUUCUAUCUGGGUCAUGAUGAUGACAUUCUUUGCCUUGCUAUUCAUCCCUUAAAGGACUAUGUGGCAACAGGCCAGGUUGGUCGAGAUUCCUCAAUACACAUUUGGGAUACAGAAACAAUAAAGCCACUCUCAGUAUUAAAGGGCUAUCAUCAGUAUGGUGUUUGUGCUGUUGAUUUUUCAGCGGAUGGGAAACGGUUGGCUUCUGUUGGAAUAGAUGACAAUCACACUAUUGUACUCUGGGAUUGGAAGAAAGGAGAAAAGCUUUCAGCAGUAAGGGGGAGCAAAGAUAAGAUUUUUGUUGUUAAGAUUAAUCCUUACAUGUCUGAUAAACUGAUUACAGUUGGAAUUAAACACAUGAAAUUCUGGCGGAGAGCAGGAGGAGGACUAAUUGGGAGAAAGGGCUGCAUAGGUGCAUUGGGAAGAACUGACACAAUGAUGUGUGCAGUGUAUGGCUGGACAGAAGAGAUGGCAUUCUCUGGAACCUCCACGGGGGAUGUGUGUAUUUGGAGAGAUGUGUUUCUCAUAAAAACUGUCAAAGCACAUGAUGGUCCUGUGUUCAGCAUGCACGCAUUGGAAAAAGGAUUUGUCACUGGAGGAAAGGAUGGAGUAGUAGCUCUGUGGGAUGAUACUUUUGAACGCUGUCUCAAAACCUAUGCCAUCAAAAGGGCUGCUCUGGCUCCUGGAUCCAAAGGUCUCCUCUUAGAAGAUAAUCCUUCUAUACGUGCCAUAUCGUUAGGACAUGGUCAUAUUCUAGUGGGCACAAAGAAUGGUGAAAUACUGGAGGUAGAUAAAAGUGGACCAAUAACUCUGCUGGUUCAGGGUCACAUGGAGGGGGAAGUUUGGGGUCUAGCUACUCAUCCUCAUUUACCUAUUUGUGCCACUGUAAGUGAUGACAAAACCUUAAGAAUAUGGGAUUUAUCUCCCAGCCAUUGUAUGUUAGCUGUUCGCAAAUUGAAAAAGGGAGGCAGAUGUUGCUGCUUUUCUCCUGAUGGAAAAGCAUUAGCUGUUGGUCUCAAUGAUGGAAGUUUUUUGAUAGUUAAUGCAGAUACUCUGGAGGAUUUGGUCUCUUUCCAGCACAGGAAAGAUGUUAUUUCAGAAAUCAGAUUUUCUCCUGGGGCUGGAAAGUACUUAGCUGUAGCAUCCUGUGACAACUUUGUAGAUAUUUACAAUGUAAUGAGCAGUAAAAGAGUAGGAAUCUGCAAGGGAGCCUCCAGCUAUAUCACGCACAUGGACUGGGACAUAAGAGGAAAACUUUUGCAAGUCAACACUGGUGCUAAAGAGCAGUUGUUUUUUGAAGCCCCUCGGGGAAAAAAACAGACUAUUCCAAGUUUGGAGGUAGAAAAGAUUGGCUGGGCAUCAUGGACAAGUGUUUUGGGCUCUUGCUGUGAAGGGAUCUGGCCAAUAAUUGGUGAAGUCACAGAUGUAACUGCUUCAUGCCUCACUAGUGAUAGUAAAGUAUUGGCCACAGGAGAUGAUUUUGGAUUUGUGAAAUUGUUUCGAUACCCUGCUAAAGGAAAGUUUGGGAAGUUUAAGAGGUAUGUUGCUCACAGUACCCAUGUGACAAAUGUCCGCUGGACCUACGAUGACAGUUUGUUGGUCACUGUUGGAGGAGCAGACACCUCCUUAAUGCUGUGGACCUAUGAGAUGGAAGGACAUCGGGAUAGCAGGCAGUGUGACAGUGAGGAGUCUGAUCUAGAUUCUGAAGAAGAUGGAGGUUAUGACAGUGAUGUGACAAGGGAAAAUGAAAUUAAUUACACCAUCAAAGCCUUAUCAACAAACAUUAGACCAAUGUUUGGAAUUAAGCCUCAUCUGCAACAAAAGGAGCCAACCUUAGAUGAAAGGCAGGGGGUAGUAAGAGGUUCCAGACCACCAGUUAGUAGGGCAUUGCCACAGCCGGAGAAACUUCAGACAAAUAAUGUGGGGAAAAAAAAGAGACCCAUAGAGGACCUAAUUUUGGAGCUGGUGUUUGGGUAUCGAGGCAAGGACUGCAGGAACAAUGUGCACUAUUUGAAUGAUGGUGCUGAUGUAAUUUAUCACACUGCAUCUAUUGGCAUCUUGUAUAAUGUGGCAACAGGCUCUCAGUCAUUUUACCAGGAACACAAUGAUGAUAUUUUGUGCCUCACUGUGAAUCAGCACCCCAAGUUUACCAACAUAGUGGCAACUGGCCAAGUAGGAGACUCAGCAGAUAUGUCAGCUACAGCUCCUUCUAUUCAUGUGUGGGACGCAAUGAACAAGCAGACGCUGUCGGUACUGCGGUGCUACCAUUCCAAGGGUGUUUGCUCAGUCAGUUUCAGUGCCACUGGCAAGCUGCUGCUGUCCGUAGGGCUGGAUCCCGAACAUACCAUUACCAUUUGGAAGUGGCAGGAAGGUGCCAAAAUUGCCAGCCGAGCUGGUCAUAACCAGCGUAUAUUUGUAGCAGAAUUCAGGCCAGAUUCAGACACACAAUUUGUUUCUGUGGGAGUAAAACAUGUGAGGUUCUGGACACUGGCUGGAAGAGCUCUCCUCAGUAAAAAAGGGCUGCUGAGCUCCAUAGAAGAUGCCCGCAUGCAGACGAUGCUUUCUGUAGCUUUUGGAGCGAAUAACUUGACAUUUACAGGUACUAUCAGUGGAGAUGUUUGUGUUUGGAAAGAUCAUGUGUUGAUACGAAUUGUGGCCAAAGCUCACAACGGACCUGUUUUCACAAUGUAUACCACACUAAGAGAUGGUUUGAUUGUUACAGGAGGCAAAGAAAGACCGUGAGUCAUGUUUUUUCUU